AUGAUAUUUUCACUGAGACAGCUGCAAGAGAAGUGCCAAGAGCAGAGACGAUCCUUGUACAUCGCCUUCAUUGAUCUGACGAAGGCCUUCAACCUUGUCAGCAGGAAAGGUCUGUUCACCCUGCUGCAAAGGAUCGGCUGCCCCCCCCCCAAGCUCCUGAGGUUGAUUGCAUCUUUUCAUGAAGGCAUGCAAGGUAUUGUCCAUUACGAUGGCUCAUCCUUGGAUCCAUUUCCAAUCAGGAGCAGAGUGAAACAGGGCCUUAAGAAGACCAACAUCUUAGGCCAAGGUGUCAGCAACAUUCCAAGCAUCUCCAUCAGCUACUACACCCUCAAGGUGGUGGAGAACUUCACCUACCUUGGCUCUACCAUUUUCAGCAACCUCUCCCUGGAUGUUGAACUGAACAUGCGUAUCGGCAAAGCAGCAACAGCAAUGGCUCACCUUGCAAAGAGGGUUUGGGAAAACUCCAUGUUGACCAUCAGCACCAAGAUGAAGGUGUACCAAGCCUGCAUGCUCAGCACUCUCCUCUAUGGCAGUACAGUUUGGACUCAGCGCAUUGUGACAUUGCUGUAUGAGGACGAGUUUCCAGAGUCCAUAGAUCAGAAUACAUAUGACCGCAUGCCAUGGCUGGAGUUUCCCAUGAAUGGAAAGGGACAGUACUAUCCCACUCGCCGGUCCCCCCGCCUCUUCUGCUCUCACCUCCCCGAGUACCUGAUGCCCUGUGGGUUACAGGGCAAAGGAAAGAUCAUCUAUGUGAGCAGGAAUCCCAAAGACAUCAUGACGUCCUACUUCCACUUUACUCGGUUCCUGAAGGUUUUAGAACAACCAGAGACGUACAACGAGCUGAUGGAGAGAUUCUUCACUGGACAGGUGGUCGGGGGCUGCUGGUUUGAUCACAUCAAAGGAUGGUACACCAACAAGGACAAAUACAACAUCCUGUUUCUCAGCUAUGAGCAGAUGAUCCGGGACCGGAGAGGUGCCGUGGUGCAGAUUUGUGAGUUUUUGGGGAAGAACGUGUCGGAUGAUGUCAUCGACAGUGUGGUGGAGAAAUCGAGCUUCAACUACAUGAAGAAAGACCCAAAAGCCAACUAUGAACUUUUACCUGAUGAUCUUGUAGAUCCAAUGAAAGGCGCUUUCCUGCGCAAGGGUACAGUGGGAGACUGGAAGAACUCUCUGACUGUGGCACAGAAUGAACACUUUGACCGUGUUUAUCAGGAACAAAUGAAAGAUCUGCCACUGGACUUUGUGUGGGACAUCACAGAUCUACACGCAUAA